AUGAUCUCGCCGAGCUGGACACCUCCCAACCUGUUCAGCGGCAGCAAACGUGGAAAGCGCGUCGCCCGCUUCGAUCUCUUGGUCCUUUUCCUCGGUGUCUUUGUGGGCAUUUUGGGAAUGGGCGCCGUGCUCGGCCUUGGCAUCUAUGACUGGUUCAAGAACAAACACAACUACUGCCUCGUCCUCGACGAGAACUUCGACGGGCCGCUCAACACCGACCUCUGGAAGCACGACGUUCAGGUCGGCGGCUUCGGAACAGGAGAAUUCGAGUGGACGACGACUUCGCCCAACAACAGCUUCACAAAGGACGGCUUUCUCCACAUCGUGCCCACCCUAACUGCAGACGUCAUCGGCGAGGCCGCCAUGCUGAAUGGCUACACGGUCAAUCUCACUGAUUCCAAGACGUGCACGGCGGAGCCGGUGCCGUGGGUCGACCGCUCUCAGAGCCUCGAUCUUGCCGAGCAGGCAAUCGGGAACGCCGACACAAACUGCCAGAUCCGCAGCAACAGCACCAUCGGGACGAUCAUUCCUCCCGUUCAGAGCGCACGCCUGACGACCAACGGCACCUUUUCCAUGAAGUACGGUCGCGUCGAGGUGCGCGCCAAGAUGCCCACUGGUGACUGGCUGUGGCCCGCCGUGUGGAUGAUGCCUCGCGACAGUGUCUACGGCAUCUGGCCCCGCAGCGGUGAAAUCGACAUCUUCGAGAGCAAGGGCAACAUGCCCACGUCGCGUUCCCAACUCCUGGCAAACACAAUGAACAGCGCCCUUCACUUUGGUACAGAGUCAGCCGACGAUCAGUUUGCCAAGUUCCGUGGAGUCGCGACACUCUGGCGUAAUUUCUGGAACCAAGGCUUCCACACUUUCGGUCUCGAGUGGGACGAGCAGGGAAUCUGGACCUGGCGCGAGUCGCGGGCAAAGAAAGUCCUCAUCACAAAGUUCAAUGAGCCCUUCAUCAACAAGAUGCCUCUCGUUCAAGCGGCGGCCGGUAACUACAUCCCAGGGGCAAACCCAUGGAGCAUCAGUAACUCGUCGGCGGCUCCCUUUGACCAGGAGUUCUUCCUGAUUCUCAACGUCGCCGUCGGAGGCACAAACGGCUUCUUUGCCGAUGUUGGCCAACCGUGGAGCAACAGCGACUCGACGGCUCGGAGGACGUUCUGGAACCAGAAGGAGAGCUGGCUUCCUUCGUGGGGCGACGAGACGCAGCGAGCGAUGCAAGUCGAUUACGUCAAGGCUUGGAAGCAAUGUUGA